AUGAAGCAGGAGGUCUCCACGCUGGACGGGGACCUGGAGGAUUUGGAGGUGGCCGGUCUUUAUACGGUUAUGUCUGAAGCUUCGGCUUCAGCUCGAUCCAGACGCGCGUCCAUGAGGCCAAUACACGAGCGUAAAAGCGAGAAGGAGUAUUUGGCGAUUAGCUGGAGAGGAUCCAGUGACCCUGAGAACCCCCAGAAUUGGAGCGUUAAAAAGAAAACGUUGGUCAGCUUCUUGAUCUGGCUUCUCACCUUUGCCGUCUACCUUGGCUCUUCGAUCUAUACGCCUGGUAUCCCUGGUGUUUCGGAGCAGUUUGGCGUGAGCCGAGUUGCGGCUACGCUUGGCUUGACCUUGUUUGUGCUUGGUUAUGGACUAGGCCCAAUGGUCUGGUCUCCUCUGUCGGAGAUUCCAAUGAUCGGCCGCAGCCCAACAUAUCUCCUUACGCUGUUGGUCUUCGUCUUCUUUGAAUUCGCCGUUAUAUAUGCCAGGAACUUCGGAAUGCUGCUGGCCUUUCGUUUUCUCACUGGCUUCGUUGGCUCGCCUGCCCUGGCAACCGGUGCAGCCUCCAUGGGCGAUAUCUGGAGCCCCAUGGUGCGCGACUAUAUGAUUGCCGUCUGGGGCAUGUUCGCUAUCUCAGCACCUGUGUUGGGUCCCAUGCUGGGUGGUUUUGCCUUCUCCGCCAUGGGCUGGACCUGGACUAUCUGGCAGCUGCUCUGGAUUUCGGGGUUUGCUUUUGUUCUGCUGUUCUUCUUCCUGCCGGAGACCUAUGCACCCAAUAUCCUCGCUCGACGCGCGCGUAGGGUUCGCCGCAUCACCGGCAAUUCGCAGUACCAGUCUGAAUCCGAGAUCGAGACCAAAGAAAUCAGGCCUAUGGACAUCCUCUUUGAGAGUCUUAUCCGCCCAUUCGAGCUGUGCUUCCUCGAGCCCAUCGUCCUCUUCAUAAACCUCUACAUCGCCCUCAUCUACGGAAUCCUAUACAUCUGGUUCGAGGCGUUCCCGAUCAUCUUCGAAGACAUCCACGGCUUCAACCCAGGCGAGGGCGGGCUCUCCUUCAUGGGUAUCUUCGUCGGAACCUGCCUCGUCAUCCCCGUAUACUUCUACUGGAAAUACCGCUGGCAAAGUGCGCACUUCGACAAGCAAGGGAACAUCGCGCCGGAGCAACAGAUGCCGCCCGCCUGCGUGGGCGCCAUCGCGCUCCCUAUAUCCCUGUUCUGGUUCGGCUGGACCGGAAACUUUGCCAGCGUGCACUGGAUCGUCCCUAUCAUCGCGUCCAUAUUCUUCGCUGUCGGCGGGUGUCUGAUUUUCAACUGUAGUUUCUGCUACUUGGCGCAUGCGUAUCCGCGGUACGCAGCGUCGGCGAUGGCGGGGAAUGACUUUCUGCGGUCAUCGUUUGGCGCUGGGUUUCCGCUGUUUGCGACGGCCAUGUUUCGCAAUUUGGGGGUUGGAUGGGCCUGUACGCUGCUUGGGUGUCUGACCGUGUUGUUUAUGCCGGUUCCGUUUAUUCUAUUCUAUCGGGGGAGAAGGAUUCGGAUGGCGAGUCGGUUCGCCCGGCAUGAUAUAUAG